AUGCCCCGUACUCCAAAGCCUUACGAAGUACAGAAAAUCCUCCCAGACCCUCAGCGACCCUUCCUUACCCGUUAUUUGGAUUUGGGGGCAAUCCAAGACCCAUUCCCAGCCUCUCCAUACAACUCUCUCUUUAUGCCGUCUCGUAUUCACCAACAUGACGAGACCUGGAAUGAUUCGCGCCGGUACGUAUUUCCAGAGAACUGGACGGACGCCGUACCUGACCCAAAUUGCGGUGACGAGGGCGAACAAGGGGACAAGGGAACUCAGAAACGUCUUGCACAGGACCUGGUUACAAUCUUGUUUACCAACACAAUCGAUCUCCAAGAUCGUGACGCGCCGUCCGCCAAAGACCACACUCAAAUAAAGACAUCGACCGGCACAAAGGACACAUUGUCGUCUUCGUCCUCGACCCCCUCGGACCAAAACAACCUUCAUCUCGCCUCUCACCAAGCCGAAACCCUUCGGGGCGUGGCUGCGGAAACGGCACAAGACCGGCGCAUAUCGUGGACCGGUUCGAAUUUGUCUGACCUACACAUUUAUGGGAGCGACCUUGCCGCCGAUAUUUCCGAUACCCUCAACCUGUCACGCAGCCUGCAGCAGCCUGCUCCCAACCACCUCAGCAUGACGGGGCACCAACAGCAGGAUGCGCUCGCCAUCGCGCAAAAUGGUGGAGAUGUUGUCGAUGAAGACAUGGAGGAUAUUGACGACGAGGAGCUGGAGGACGACAUGAUGGACAAAAUCUCUAGCUCGCCCUCAAUCGAAGAUGAUUGUUGCGAUUUGGCAAGGCCACUGCAUGCACAAAAGAUUCAACCCCUCGCGCCCGUAUCGGAGAACACAAUCCCUCUUCGAGUGUCAGGGAACAGUCAGGCAUCCAAAACGCCUCCAGUGUCUCCGGACGGACCUGCUUUCCGCCAACACCGUCGUCAUCGCAGUAGGUAUGAUACGAACGAGAACACGCCGCCGUGGCCCCUCAACUACGACAAACGCAAUAUCGGCCCGCUCUUCGACCCAGCCUGUUCUUUCACCCGGUCUCCCGCUAAAGCAGGUUUGGAGGAGAAUGGCUUUUCGAAAGGCCGCGACCUCUGGGAUGUUUCCGACGACGUAUUCGAUGAAAUGAUGAUACCAUAUUAUCAUGACGAUGACGACGGUGAUGACAAUGCCAGCGGCGGUGCUAGCGCAUUAGAUACCCAUGACAAUGACGUUAAAUUUGUGAUUUCCGGUUGGGGAAGUGAGUGCUUACACAACAUAGAGGACAUCGAUUUCGAGUUUGUUUACGCCCUCCAUACCUUUAUGGCUACGGUCGAGGGUCAAGCAAAUGCGACAAAGGGAGACACCAUGGUCCUGCUUGACGACAGCAACAGCUACUGGUGGCUCGUUCGGGUGGUCAAGGAUAGCAGCAUCGGCUACCUUCCUGCCGAGCACAUCGAAACACCGACGGAACGGUUAGCACGACUGAACAAACACAGGAACAUUGAUCUAUCCGCGUCUAUGCUGGGUGACCAGGCCGAGAAGACGAAGAACCCCCUGAAGUCGGCAAUGCGGAGGAGGAAAACAAAGACCGUUGCCUUCGCACCACCGACCUAUGUUGACUACUCCGACAUCGACUACUCGACAGACGGGGAAGACCUGGAGGCCGAAUAUUUUGCUCAACAACAACAGUCGCAGCAGCAGCAGCAGGAAUCGCAGGAAGAGCACAAAGAAGCAACCCAAUCCGAUUCACAACAGCAGGGUCAGCAGGGUCAGCAAGCAGGGGCUAUGGCUGGUAAGGACGUGGCCGACGAAGAGGAUGAGACGGCGAGGGUCGAGCCCUUGAAGCCCCGCGCACCCAAAGAAAACGGCAAAGCUGCGGCGGACGGCAAGACAGACGACGCGAAUGAAGACGGCACGGGCAAGGGCGGCUUGACCAGGACCAGCGAAGAAAUCUUUGUUGUGUCCAAAUCUGAGACGCCUGGUCCGAAGAAGACAAAGGACGGCACGGUUCGCGACUCGUUCUUCAAGGACGACACAGUCGAGACAAAGAAGAUCACCUUGACGCCUAAUCUUCUGAGAGACGACAGCGCGCCACGAACGUCCUCGGAAUCCAAGGACGCGAAGCAACGCCCGAGUCUCGACCGCCUCGACAAGGACAUUAACAGUCUCCUUGUCAAGGACGACAAGAAGAAAAAGGACAAGAAGGAGAAAGACAAGAAGGCGGGUGGCUUCCGUAGCCUGUUUUCGAGAAAAGACAAGAAGCGGGGCGAGAACGACGACGACGAGUCGUUUGGAAAACGGUCCAUGGACGUUGGUAGCGAGGGUACCGAGAGAGACCUGGACGAGGUGGAAGAGGAGGCCGCGGAAGAAAAGGCUUCGUCUCCAUCUACCACAGCCGCGCCGCAGCAGGGGCCACAGAGGCAUCCGAGCAAGCUCCAGAAACAACAACCAUUGGGCCGCAUCGCCGAGGUCUCGCCAACAAGAAAUCCAUCCGACGGCAGCACAACACAAAAAGCCAAUGGUAAGGACACUACCGGUCCCUCCUCUACCCGCGCACGGGUGACGCGUCCAGAAGCGAAGCCGGAAUGUGCUGACAAUGUAUCUUUAGCCACCAUGCGUAUGGUCGAUCCCGACGGUGCAGAGGAUAGCAACAAUAGCAACAACCAACAGGGAUCUACUGGUAACACGGCGGCUUCACAAGCCACCCGGCCACUGAUGGUCACAAAGGCCCCUGCACGGGCGGUCCUAGACGAGUUUGAGUCGGAUGAGGAAGCUGGUGUUCUUGAGCCGCAACACCAGGCCGCCGUUCAUGACGAGGAGCAGAAACGGCCGCAUCCCGAACAGCGUCGCCUGGAGCAACAGCAACAGCAACAGCAAACAAGGGAUGUGCCGCGGUCGGGAGACGGGUCGUCGGCAUCGCCUGUUCAGGGGUCGCCUGUCAACGCCAACCAUCCGCCUGCGCUCAUGGUUGAUACAUCAAGCCAGGAAGAGGAGGAGGACCAGUCAUCGCCGAUUUCGUCACCAUCGCCUGAGCUGGUAGGCUCCGAGGACCGGUCUGGCGGCAACCACUACGCACAGGACUCGAUCACGACGUCGACGUCGACGACGACGGCCAACACUGCGACGUGGAACGACGCCAGCCUGCGGGCCUUCUUUGACUCGGGUAAUGACGUCCGCGACCUGUUGGUGGUGGUGUACGACAAGUCCGACGUUGUGCCGGCGGGGCCGGACCACCCUGUGGUCAGUACGCUCUUCAAGGAGCAGAAUACCAAACUGGCCGAGAUUACGACGCAACUGGACAACAUGCUCGGCGACUGGCUGGCACGAAAGCAAAGACUACGGGGCACCUUGUAG